AUGUUACCUGUUAUAAAAUUUGCUCUCUUGCCAUCUGUGCUCAUACUGGCAUCAGCUUCAAGUUUCUGGGCACUGGCAUCCAGCAAUAAGACUGAUCUGGAUGCCUUGAUAGCAUUAAAGGCGGGUCUAAGCCGUCACUCGUAUGCACUAGAUUCAUGGAACACAACUGCUGACUUCUGCCAAUGGCAUGGUGUCAUCUGCAGCCUCAAUCAUAAGCAAAGGGUCUCAGCACUUAAUCUCUCCUCGGCGGGCCUUCGUGGAUAUGUAGCUCCUUCCCUGGGGAACCUCACUUACCUGAGAAGUCUAGAUCUCAGCUACAAUCUAUUUCAUGGUGAAGUCCCAUGGACAAUUUCCCAGCUGUCACAAAUGUCAUAUCUUGACCUCUCAAACAAUUUGCUCCAGGGAGAAAUUCCUUGGACAAUUGGCCAGCUCAGACAGUUAUCACACCUCUAUCUCUCAAAUAAUUCAAUUGAAGGUGGGAUCAUGUAUGGCCUGAGGAACUGCACCCGUCUUGUCAGCAUCAAACUUGGCCUGAACAAGCUCCACCAAGAAAUCCCUGAUUGGCUUGGAGGCUUGUCAAGGAUUGAGGUCAUGUCACUAGGGAAGAACAAGUUCACAGGGAUCAUCCCACCAUCACUUGGCAACUUAUCAUCGCUGCGGAUAUUGAACAUCAAUGACAACCAGCUGAGUGGUCCGAUUCCUGAGAGUCUUGGCAGGAUCAGUAAGCUUGAGAAGCUAGGACUGCAAGUAAACCACCUCUCAGGCACCAUCCCAAGAACGGUCUUUAACAUGUCCUCACUCGCCCACAUCGGUCUGCAGAUGAACGAGCUAAGCGGCACACUUCCCUCCGGAUUGGGCAAUGGGCUACCAAAAAUCGACCACCUUAUCCUUGCUCUGAACCAUUUCACUGGAAGAGUUCCAUCUUCACUUGCAAAUGCAACCACGAUUCAGUCACUUGACCUCUCUGUUAACAAACUCACUGGAUCCGUGCCUCCAGAGAUUGGAGCACUCUGCCCGAACUUCCUGAUUCUUAAAGGAAACCAGCUGAAGUCAAGCACUGCCCAGGACUGGGGGUUCAUCACUUCAUUAACAAAUUGUACUAGUGUUAAAGGUGUCAUAUUGCGACACAACAGGUUUAGUGGUGUGCUUCCAAAUUCUAUCGCAAACCUGUCCAGGCAACUCGAAUUUUUUGAUAUUAGUUUCAAUGAGAUUUAUGGCAAGAUACCAGUUGGCAUUGGCAACUUCCCUUACCUAAUCAAGCUCGGACUCUCUAGAAAUCGAUUUACAGGUGCCAUACCAGACAGCAUAGGGAACUUGAAAAUGCUCCAGUGGUUGACACUAGAUAAUAACCGUAUUUCUGGCACGAUGCCGUCCUCGCUCGGGAACUUAACACAGUUGGAGCACCUUUCAGUAGCUAACAGUGUCUUGCAAGGAUAUCUUCCAGCAAACCUUGGAAAUCUCCAACGGAUCGUUGAUGCAAACUUUUCAAACAAUGCGCUUUCAGGUCCCUUACCUACAGAGAUUUUUAGCCUCUCAUCCUUGUCAUACAUUCUGGAUUUGUCUAGGAAUCAUUUCAGUAGUUAUCUUCCAUCCCAAGUAGGUGGCCUCACAAAGCUGACAUACUUGUACAUCCAUGAGAACAACCUAUCUGGGAUGCUGCCAGAUACACCCAGCAACUGUGAGAGCUUGAUGGAGCUCCGUUUGGAUGGUAAUUACUUCAAUGGUAUCAUUCCUCUGUCCAUAAGCAGAAUGAGAGGCUUGGUACUACUGAAUUUGACCAAAAAUGCACUCACAGGUGCAAUCCCUCGAGAGAUAGGGCUCAUGAAUGGUCUGAAAGAACUGUACCUUGCACACAAUAAUUUGUCUGCACAGAUUCCCGAGACCUUGGAAAGCAUGACAUCACUUUACCAGCUUGACAUAUCCUUCAACCUUCUUGAUGGGCAAGUCCCAGCACGUGGUGUGUUCGCCAAUUUAACCGGAUUCUUAUUUGAUGGGAAUGAUAAGCUUUGUGGUGGUAUUUCCGAGUUGCAUCUGCCUUCAUGCCCAACCAAACCAGUUGUGCAUCGUCAAAGAAUAACUCACGUCGUUCAAAAUGCAGUGAUUUCUAGUGCAAGUAUCAUCUUACUUCUGUGCUUGAUCCUGGCACUAGUUGUCUUCUCAUUAAAAGGGAAAUUAAGAAUACCAUCAGUUAGAACAGCACCACUAGCUCCGUCAUUCAUGAAUGACAUGUAUCCUCGAGUUUCUUACUCAGACUUGGCCCAAGCAACAGAUGGCUUCACAGCCAACAAUACAGUUGGCACAGGACGGUAUGGAUGUGUUUAUAAGGGUAGGAUGUUACUGAAAGAGUCUGUAAUUACUGUCGCUGUGAAGGUUUUUGACCCUGAGCAAUCUGGCUCUUCAAGAAGUUUUGUGGCUGAGUGUAAGGUACUUAGCAAAAUUCGCCACCGCAAUUUGAUUGGCAUCAGAACUUGCUGCUCUGACUUGAACCAAAAUGACUUCAAAGCCAUUGUAUUUGAUUUCAUGCCUCACGGUGAUCUUGACAAGUGGUUACAUCACGACACUUAUGCACCCAAUUCAGUCAAAGUUCUAACACUAAUGCAGAGACUGAGCAUUGCUGUUGAUAUUGCGGCGGCACUAGACUAUUUGCACAACAACUGCCAGCCAGCAAUGGUUCACUGUGACUUGAAGCCCAGUAACAUUCUUCUUGGGGAGGGCAUGGUUGCUCAUGUUGGGGACUUUGGCCUAACGAAGAUUGUCACCGAUCCAGAAGGCGAGCAAUUGAUCAAUUCGAAGAGUUCGGUGGUGGGAACAAUUGGAUAUGUUGCUCCAGGUAACUGAUUUUCUUAUCCUGUUUUUAGGUCCAGCAAGUGUUGUGGUGGUUUGGCAUAUUACUCAUGUCGUUAGUGCAGUGCAGAAUACGGUGAAGGUGGUCAGAUAUCUCCAUCUGGGGAUGUCUAUAGCUUUGGUAUCGUGCUCCUUGAGAUGUUUACAGCAAAGACGCCUACAGAGGCAAUGUUCACCGGUGGAUUUACCUUACUAGAGUAUGCAAAGAUGGCAUAUCCAGCACAACUGAUGGAGAUUAUUGACCCUCUUCUGCUAUCAGUUGAGAAUACACAGGGAGAUAUCAAUAGCAUCAUGUACUUUGUCACAAGACUUGCCCUAGAAUGCAGUAGGAAAAGACCAACUGAAAGGUUGUCCAUCAGAGAUGUUGUAGCUGAGAUGAACAAGAUAAUGGCUUGCCAUGCUGCAGGAGUAACUAGGCAAAGCGGUUCCGGGUGAUUGAACAGCAGUGCUUUAAUUUCACAAGAUAUCC